CGAACUGGUGCCACCAUAUUUUUCGACCGCCUGCCAGCACCUUCGCUUCUGGACGCGUCGAUUUAUUGCAGCUAUGCUGUGAACAGCCGUCGACAUUUCAUUUCACUGUGGUUGCGGUGCAUCAAAUGUCGUGCAUACUUUUCAACAAACAGCCUACGAAUUAAUUCAUCGUAGAGUUUUUGUUCGUUUGCUCGAUUCCUUUAUUUGCUUUCAUCACUAUCUCAACGACUGUGUAGCAAAACGUUCUACAAAUAAAGGGGAAAACAAAAUGGCCACUUCCAACAUGAACGAGAAGUUAAAGAUUCGUGAUGAUUGCCCUGAAGCACAUGAAAACAAUGUAGCUUCCAAUUCUGAGGGCGUUGCGGGUUCCUCGGUGCCGGCAAUCAUCGUCUCUCAGUCUGAACCGGAUUCGUACGUUGUCAUCGACAGCGACAGUGUGCAGGACGUAACUAAUUGUGGACCGGACAAUUCAGUUGAAAGUUUCUCAGGGUGGAAACAGCAGACAAACUGUAGCGAUGACGGUGCCCGUGCAGGCCCAUCGAAGAGGACCAUGGCCGAAAGCCCGGAACGCGAAGCUAAGCAACCCAAACGUUCCGAGCAGGAAACCGCUGAAAACCUUGAACCGACGGUGGACCUGUACGCCGAUCGGCGACCAGAAGACGUGGAACAUUGGUAUUUGAACUGUAAAGGUAUGUCUGAUGAAGAGAUCAUCGGGACAUUCGAUGAAUUUAAAGAUGAGUUGUAUGAGCUCUACGAAAAGUACAAAUCUAAUUCAACCGGGUAUUGUGUCCGAAUGGGUUUAUGCAGCUUUCGGGAUUGUAUCGACCUAAUGACUCAAGACCAGCAUUGCCUUACGCUGAAACAUCUUGAGAGCCAGUUCGUUCCGGAAGAGCAAAGGAACGGCAAUUAUACAAAUUUUUUGGUCCAAGUCCUGACCCAGGAAUGGCUGCUGCGCAUUUUCAUGAAAGUGCACGAUUUUAGUGACCGUCAGGCGGCACUUAAGCGCAUCAGAGAAGAGGAUGAUAUUCUCAUGGCCAAACUAGCAGAUGACUAUCAUCGAAAUUUCGCUAUAAGAUACAAUUUGGAGCACCCGGAUCCAAACCAACCGGGGACAUCCACGACAACGAACAAAUAAUUAUAGCUUGUUCGAUUCGUCGAUGGACCAUUACAACGCCACCUUUUUGCAUGCCAUUACCACAUUUUAUAUCUUGUCUGUGUCGUAAUGUACCUAACUUCAAACAAAAUACGAGUUAGUUAUUGCCUUGCAUAAGAAUACGACACUUAAAACGAGAAUUAAAAAAUAGUGUUAAAAACAAAAUAUUUCUUAAAAAUUCGCAUAUGUCAGAAAUUUGAAAUAAAGUCUAUCCUGGUUGGGGAGCAGAUUAUUUAGCUGCCUUCAGGAUAUUCGCGAUC